AUCGGUGGGAGAGACAGCUGGGCAGAGACGGGGCGAGUACCUCGAAGACGAUGGCCUCCGAUGUGGCCGCCGACGAGCCACCCGCCAUCAGCAACAUCCACGAGGUCUGCGCGGCCGACGAGCUCCCCGGCAUCGCCACCGUUCAGAAGCUCUGCGCGGCCGACAAGCCCCCCGCCAUCUGCACCGUCCACGAGCUCUGCGCGGGCGACGCACCCCCGCCAUCGGCAGGGUCCCCGAUCUGUGCGCCGCGGACGCAGACGUCGUGGCGCAGGAGCGAACCAAUCAAUCCUUGUCCCAUGAAGACUGCAACAAGCACUAGCAUUCUUUGGGUGGGGUUUCAGAAGAAGGAACUCAAGGAAGAUUCAGAAAACUCACCGUGGUGUCUCUUUUGCGGGCUGGCUUCUCAGGUGUCUCACUUGGGCGAGCAUUCUUCUGUAUUACCAGUGGUGGCACCUGGUCGACAAGGGCUAGAGACGACGCACCGCCUGCUGCAUGCAGUUACACACCGGAUGACGCGCUGAUACUGUUCACCCACCGCCUGCUUGCUUCGCCCAGCAUCUAGAGGUAGCAGUGCUUUGAACCAGAAGCGAAGCAGAGCUUUCAUUGGCUGGCUCCGCCUGCUGCUUGCCUACCUCAGCUUAGCAGCGGCGUUCUUUAUUUCGACUCGCGCCUGAUGUAGUCGUAGGCGUGGGCUGGGUCCAACGUGCCAAUCCCGCGCGUCACCCACCACGCUGCUCCCCAUUUGCUGCCUCACUUUACGUACCCAUCCCGCUCUGCCGCGCUCGAAUUUAAAACGGCUCCUCUGGACGCGGAUUUCAUAAGCCUACAUUUCAGUGCCUGUCAAAGAAAAAAGAAAGCCUACAUGUAGGUGUGCAGGCGCAUGCGCAGACAUUUGCAAGCACCAUUAGUGGAUUAUUUUUUUGAGGAACUGUAUAAGAUGGCAUGAAACAGUAGCCUUCUACACACCUUAGGUUAGAGUAUUAUUUUGUGUAGCCUUUUUUUGAGAGAAUUGUUUUGUGUAGCAUUAGAUUGCAAAAGAUGCUCAACACGCCUGGUGGGCCGAAUCCCGACCAGCAUGCUUAUCCAUACAAGUAAUAUCAUGCCUGCCUGUAUAUCUCCCUCUGCUGCGAAUAUCAUCCCGUGGAGUGCAAGCUAGCAGCCGGAAGCGGGGUGGCAAGAAUGUAAUAAGAAGCGAGGAAGGAAUCUUGUAGGGGUGGGUGGGAUCAUAAAAUCUCCUGUGGAGAUCAAGGACG